AUGACUACUGCUGGGUGGAAACAGUUGAAUGAAAAGGAUGGCAACUUCCAGCGUCCUGCAACCGUUCUCCGCAACUUCAUCUCCAAAGAGCCAGGGUCCAAGUUUCCGCCCGAAAAGGGAAGAUACCAUCUCUACGUCAGCUAUGCUUGUCCAUGGGCGCACAGAACCCUCAUCGUCCGUAAGCUGAACGGUCUUGAAGACGUCAUCUCGUUCCCUGUCGUACAUUGGCACCUCGAUCUUGAGACAGGAUGGCGCUUCCCUACCUCCUCGGAAGCCGAAGUCGAUGGCGGCAACGUGGUGCCAGAUCCUCUGCACGACGGUUUCACCCUCUUGCGCCAGAUUUACUUUGAUACCGACCCCAAUUACUCCGCAAGAUUCUCCGUGCCUGUCUUGUACGACAAGAUCCAAAAAGUCAUUGUGAACAAUGAAAGCAGCGAGAUACUUUGGAUGCUCGGAACAGAGUUUGACGACAUUAUUGAGGAGAAGUACCGCAACGUCUCACUAUACCCCACGACGCUCCAAGACCAGAUCGACGACGCUCAGGCGUGGCAAUAUGAUCAAAUCAAUCACGGAGUAUACAAGUGCGGGUUCGCGGUCACGCAAGAUACCUAUGAACAUGCUGUGACGUCUGUGUUUGACGGAUUGGAUCGGGCUGAAGCUCACUUGGCGUCUCUCAAGCCCUCCGAUGGCCCGUACUGGCUUGGAAAGGAGAUUACAGAAGUCGACAUACGACUAUUCGUUACACUUAUUCGAUUCGACCCGAUCUACACGUUUCAUUUCAAAUGCAACAUUCGAGACAUACGAUCCGGUUAUCCCCGCCUUCACAACUGGCUCCGCAACCUGUACUGGAACGUGCCGGCGUUCAAAGACACAACCAACUUCAUUCACAUCCAGAAAGGCUACACCAAGAGCCAAGCCAACAUCAAUCCACUUGCAAUCACGGCGAUGGGGCCGUUGCCUCACAUCCUAGCGCUGGAAGAUGAAGUGCCCGCUGUCCGUAUCUUAAAAUAG